UGCACCACCUCGCGUUAAAUUUAUGCUAAAUUAAAUAAUGGUGAGGGGAAAGUUGUAAAAUAUAAUCUAAUGAUGGAGGAAGAAGAUGGACAAACUGCUGUGGAUUAUUCCGCAGUCAAGUGCGAAGUGUUGACAAUCGUGGAACAUGAUCUGUAUUAAAAAGCGGUACUUCAACUGGAAUAGGCUACUCCUGCUGUCUUUGGGCUUGUGGCCUGACAAAGAAACAAAAUUCACUCGUAUUCAGGCAAGAUUGCUUUUUAGCCUCCUGAUGAGCAGCGUUCCAUUUCACUUCUCAAGACUCUUCAUUGAAGAAUGUAACAUUGAUUAUGUUAUCAAAAUAAUUGCUUCCGUUACAUUUUUUAUUAUGCUUAUUGUUAUCUUCAUCUGCUUUUGGACUAACAUGAAAAGUAUGAAAUAUUUAUUGAAUCAAUUGCAACACAUCUAUCACGAAUUAAAGGAUAAAAACGAAAUUGCUAUUUAUGACAAAUACGGAUAUAGUGGAAAACGUUUUACGAUCAGAUUGAUGAGUAAGAAGAACAUCCGAGAAAUAUUAUCCCAAUGUGUAAAAAUAAAUUUAUUUGCUGUGUGCAGCCUAUUUUUUGCUGGUACCAUGCUAUUUUCACCGUACAUUCUUGACAUCGUUAUGCCAAAAAAUGAAUCUUACGCAAUUCACAUCAUGAAACUAAUAACUAAGUACUUCAGGGUAUCAGAAAAGUAUUAUUUUUUAAGUUUUAUUUAUCUGAACGCAGCCUGUUCUGCAGGAGUGAUCGUAGUAAUAGGAACGGGAACAAUGAUAUUGUCAUAUUUCAAGCAUGCUUGUGGACUGUUUGAGAUUGCCAGCUACCGAAUGGAGCAAGCAAUGGCGAUCGAGUUGCUACAUGACCUUAAUACGAAAAAUGAGAUUAUAAUUUACAAGAAAAUAAUUUGUGCCGUAGACAUACAUCGCAAAGCUCUGCAAUUCGCUAAAUGUUUCAUGGAUAAACUUCAAGGAGCAUCCUUCUUUUUGAUAAUAGCUACUGUGCUUUGCUUGAGUUGCAAUCUUUUUGAACUAUUUCAAACUCAGUCCAAUACGGAGGAAGUGGAAGAAGUUAUAUUACACUUUUUUGCUGUGAUAGGUAUAGUCCUGUUUUUGUUCGUUACUAAUUAUUCUGGGCAAGAAAUUAUAGAUCAUAGUAAUAAUGUAUAUGUAACCACUUAUUUCUUUCUAGAUACACCGUUUCAUGAUAUUUAGCACCGAUACGCAUACAGAAACUAGUACUGUUUCUAUUACUAAGGAGCAGCAGAAUUUUGACCCUGAAUGUCGGCGGAUUAUAUGUAGCAUCUUUAGAAGGUUUCGCUACUCUGGUAAGUGCAUCAGUAUCUUACUUCACCUUCAUGCACUCAGUGCAAUAAUAAGUAAAAAUCUUGUAAUAAAAUAGAAUAUGAUUUAGCAUUAGUAAUUGGGAUAGCAUAGAUAUAAAAUGUACACAUUUAGCCUUUUUUUCAUGUUUAAUGUAAAAUGUUGAUUAUAACGUUAUUACAUAUACCGCACCUUGUAUAUAACAAAUUAUUUCGAGCUUCUUGAGGUAUGUAUUUUACAUCUUAAAGUUGUCACUUUAAAACUCAAUAAAUACGGCAACAUAUAUGAAUCUAAUUUUGAAUC